AUACUAAGAACACCUUUUUUAAAGCCAGUUAAAGGUUGGUACAAGCUGACAAAAAAAUUUCUUUGAAUGUCAAUUAUCUCAUCUUUGUAAUUUAUAUCUUCGAAUUAAGUUUUAUUUAAGAAAUAAAAAUAUUUCGGUUCUUCGAAAUAUUUUUAAUUGGCGGGGCAACGCUUUACUUUCUUGUGUGUGCUUUGAACGAGUUUGCGCCUGUAUUAUUCCCUCCCAUAACUAACUGCAUAAUUCCCAAUUUAAUUUAUCGAAAGAAAUAAUAAUUAGGGAAUUGCACAUAUUACAAUACUUCAAAAAUUAAACAAUACGAGAGACAAUAGAAAUUCUACAACAAUACCCCCUCUUUUUGUAUCCGUUAAUGACCAUAUACUAAAUCGUUUAAUAUGGAAAGAGAAUCGGAACAGGUGAAUAUUUAUUGCUCGGACGGAUACAAAAUUCGAUUGAGCAGAUCCUUUCUAAUUCAAAAUUGUCCCGGGUUCAAUUGGAAACAGUUUAUGGAUCCCACACUAGGGCAGAGCUGCAUACGCGUGAACGUUACGUCUGGUAUCAUGAAUCAAGUGAUCGAAUACUUAACAGACGGAGAAUAUGAAUUUCGGUCUGUCAAAGACGCCACGGACAUUUACGAAAUAAGUGAAAAAAUCGGUAUCGUAAAUUUGGUGGAUCGCUGCCGGGAUUUCCUGAUCGAAGAAAUGAAAGUGGGCAACGUUUGCUUCAUUCACGAUUUCGCCUGCAAACACGAAGAUCUCUUCGUGCAAUUUCAUUGUUGGAAGCUGUUUACCUCGUCUACCGACGAAGUAUUGGAGAGUGAAGACUUCUUAAACUGCGAAGAAUCGACCGUAUCGAGGUUCCUCUCCCGUCCAAUUUACAGUAAUACGAACGAAGUUUCCCUCUUCUUGAAUAUAUAUAAUUGGACGACCAGACGAAUUUCUCGGAGCAAUUUACAGGAAGCGUCCACUUCGAUCGAAAACAGAGAGCUGUAUCGAAGGACCAUGCAGCCCUUCUUCCAUUUAAUUCGAUUUGCGACUAUGUCGCGCUUUAAUUUAGAGAAUGAAGUAUUCAACAAAAACCUAUUGAGCGACGAAGAAGUAGAAGGGUUGAGAAUAUUUGAUGACAGCGUUGCCACCGCUCCACUGCCAUCCACUAUUUGUCAAAAUACUCGAGAUAGAAGAUACCAAUCUCAGUCUUCUCUAUUUACGUAUAAAAAUCGGAGAAAUUUAGAAUUUACUGAAGAAAAACCGUUGCCAAGAUUUAACACGUUCUUCUGCCAAGUUUGGGUAGAAGAAGACUGCUUCGUUACUUGUCUGAGUCUUCCGAUAUAUUUCAAGUCCAUGCCACGAGAAAACGUAAUUCUCACCCGAUUUCUUCCAUCGACUUUCUUCCAUGAAAAGACCAAUCUUUCUAUCUACGGUUCCGGUAGAGUAAUCUUACCCAAACCGUUGUUCCUGAAGGCGAAGUCUGAUACUUUAUUCAAAGUCCUGAUUCAGAACGUCAAUCCACCAUCGUACAGUGACGAAAUGGUUGUGAGAAAAGAAGCUCAUUGUUACGUAACGGAUGACGAUUUUGAGACAAUGACUAAAGACCUGGAAGACUUUCUUGUUUAUGCGAACGGGUGGCGGAAAUUUUAUUUUGACAUAGAUUUGUUUUUUUAAUGCUAUAACUCUGUGAAUUAAAAUUUGGAUUUUAAACAAAAUUCGAUUUUCUGCAUUCUGGUCUACGUCGAUAGAGUGUGUUUGGCAGAAAAUUAUACGAAAUAAAAU